AUAAUUCUCAAAAUUUUGUGAAAUUUACACGUAAUUACAAACGUUCAUAUUUAUAAUUUGUAUUGUCCUUAGAUAAAAAUUAAAUUAAAAUUUAUACAUACCUGGAUUAUCUGGAUUUGGUGUAUCCUUUUUGCCAGCAACUGCUUCCUCAACAGCUUUCGAAGUCUUUUUCUUUUUGACUUUACAUGAAAAUAAAAUUCAAAAAUUAAUAAAUAUGAAUCACAAGGCAAAUAUUGAAUUUAUUAAAAAUACAAAAGAAAAUAUUAAUGAAAAUAAACAUGAGCAAGAAUUUAGCGUAAUACUUAACGGCCAGAAAGAUUUGGAAAACCAGCUAGAGCAAUUUAAAAAGUUAUGUGACGCCCACAAUAAACAUCAACGCAAACGUACGAAAAGACGUUACUAUAAUUUGGCUUUAAUGGCCAAGUUAGAGAAUAAUACAACACACGAGGAAGUAAAGCGUUUGUUAAAGAAUUAUACCAGAACUUUUAUGAUAGAUGUUGUGGAAAAUAAACCUUUUGAAAUAGAAGCAUUAGUGGCAAUGCUUAAGCAAGCAGCUGAAGAGCAACAGUUGGAGGAAACCGGCAGCAAACUGACUAUAGGCUUGGCUUUACAAAUAACGGGUGAUGCCUGUCGUAUAGGUAGAAGCCGUAAUAAUUGUUCAUUGUUUUUGGCUCGCGGCAAUAUCCUGACCUUAACCACAAAUACAGCCUAUAGAUAUUCGUGCUUUAAAGAAAUUGCUUUUGUUAUUAAUCUAACACAUUAUUUGCCUUAUAUAAAUUUAAAUGAUAAAAUCUCUAUAGGCCCGGAGGUUCUUGGCAUUGUGGUAAAAAAAUUAAAGACUUCUAUUGCCAUUCAAAUACAAGAGGCUGGCAUUGUUAAUUCUUAUGAUUACAUAGAGCUACCCAAUCAGUGUUAUACAUUGCAGUUGACAACUUUAGCUGAUAUGUUUACUAAAGAUUUAGAAAUGGCUUCAAAACUCCAAGUGGAUUUUAUUGUCCUGCCUCACAUACGCUGUUUGCAAUUUUUGAAAUUGUUGCAUCAAAAACUCAAAAGCAAUUAUCAUCUUAAAUUAAUUGGUAGACUGGAUUUGGAGUAUAUUAGCAGUAAAAUGUUGGAUUUAAUGUCCCUAAUUAAGCACUUAGACUAUUUAUGGCUAACAAAUCUAUUUAAUAAUACUCAAACCAUAAAUAACAUAUUAAAACAAGACAUCAUACCGCUGGCCAAGUGUUUAAAGAAACCUCUAAUUGGUUCUGUACCUUUAGAGCGUUGCAGUGAUUUUAAAUUAUUCGAAAAUCAUGAAUAUCUAUGGAAAAUCGACUGCAUGUUCAUAGAGAAAAGUUCGUGGUGUAACAAAUAUCCUUUAAUAGUCAAGAAACUUUUACCUAUUAAAGAUUAUCGUUUGGCUGUUGUACUUCAUGAUAUUUUAUCCAAUUGCCAAUCCCUUGUUAAUUUUGUGAUACGCACCAUCAGUUCUAUUGAAUGUCAAGCUGUUUUUCUCUACACUAAAUGUGAUACUGCAGCUAAGGCUUUGAGUCGUGUGGAAAUAUAUUGUCCGGUAUUUGUUAUACUACCACUCGAACAAUCAACUUUAGAUAAUAACGUAGAAGAAGUAAAUUGUCUUAUAGAACUAGCAAAAAAUCUUAACCUACGAAGAAAUCUGAGGACAGUGCUAUAUACGAAGGAAAUGAAUGAAUGUGAAUAUAAACCAAUUGACUAUGGCAUUGAGUAUGCACGUCUGUGUGGCUAUCUAGAAACGGGUGACUUUAUAAUCACCUUAGAGAUGGGCAAUGAAAAUGGCGAUGAACAUGUACAAUUGGGUGUGGGUGAGGAUGUGGUCAAAAUGCGGGCAUUUUAUGUGCCACCAUUGAAAGUUGGUGAGAAAUUUAAGUGUAUUUAAGAUUAAAAUUAGUUUAAAUUGAUGUAGUGUUUGUCACAAAAAUAAAUCUUGAA